UGUAAAUGUAUAUAACUGCUGUUCAUUCAGUGUGAAACAAACCACAUGAACAGCAGUUGCAAAAUGCUUGUAAAAAUAUCCUUCCCUAAUCUAUAUGUCUACAUCACUUCCUUUUCUAAGUUUGUACACUGCAAUACUAGAUAAAUGCUCUUAGCUGAGCAAUACAGGGCUCUACCGCUGUGAUGUUUGACUGACAUCAUGAUGUUUCUUAUCUGAAAUGCUGUUGUAGUUUUAAACCAGAUGUGACAGGGUGGGAACCCUUUGAAAAAUUCCACUUUUUGUCUUAUUUGUCCACAUGUAUAUAUUUAUUUUUUUAGGCAAAUGUGAGCUGUGCCUUUGUUUUAUUUUUUAUUUUGGGGUAUCUGUUAAUAGACAGAAAAGAAGGUAUCCGAACAUUUGCUAAGCAUUGUGUGUAUUAAUGCGGGUUUCCUUUAAAUGAUAAAAGAGCAAACAUGAAGGUUUAGCAUUUUAAUCCUCGGUUUUAGAGUCCACAGAUUUGGCCCACAUUCCGCCCCUCUGAUGUGCGUUAAUUAGCUAGACACGUCUAUUGGUUUGUGCCGAUUACAGCAGGUGCGUUUGUCUGUGCUCAUUGGCCACAUCGACGUAACAGAAAAAUACAUUUUAGGCCCCAAACGUCUCAGUGACAUUCAUGAGCGUCUCUCCCUCACUGCAGACCCGGCAGGUCCAGGCUUUAUCCAUCAGUACCAUGACUUGUGAAACCUCCGGGGACGCUGUGGCGCAGCCUGAGAAGUCUGAGGCCAAAGUGGAGAGGAGAGACGGCGUGUUUCGCUCUGUUGUGCGCAGCCUCCUCUGGCCUUUCAGCGUCGUUGUAAGGGCCUGCCGCGGAAUUGUGUGGGCGCCUCAGCAGAAAAGCCUUUCCUGUGCCGUGAUUUCCAGCCCGGCACGUCACAGCCUCACUGGCCAUAAGCGCCUCUCCCGGCUCACCCGGCUGGUGCUGCGGAUCCUACCCUUCUGGGCGCAGGCCGCCCUGGGCUACCCGGUGUCCCGCAGCAUUGGGCUUUUAUUGUCCCCAGAAGUCAGUGUCUCUCCUACUAAACCAUGUGGAAAAGGCAACAAGAGAAAAAUUGAUGAGCUUGAUGACGAUGAGGAGGAUGACCCAUUCUGGGUGGUUGCGCUUUCUGAGAAACUUCCAGAUGAUGACUCAAAUGAUCCUGACUAUGAGGCCACCGCAGAAGAGACAGACAGUGAGGAAUUUGCCUCAGAAAACGAUACAGAAAGUGAUCUUGAGAUUUCAGGAAGGGGUGUCGUUAUUGAGGAUGUGAACACGGAUGUUGCUGUGCCCAUGCCUUCUGAGGGGUCUACAGCUGUUUAAUCUUUUCAUAUGCUGUGAUUUUUUUGUAUAUAUAUAUUUGGUAAUUCAA